AUGAUUCAAUGGUUAAGAACUUUUAUUAAUCAAAAGAAACAUUGUCUAGUACAACCCAAUGAAUCUGAAUCUGAAAAUGUCAAUAAAGAAAACAAUUUGACAGUUGCUAAUCCACCAAUCACUAAACACAAAGGCAGACCUGAAACUAAAAGAUAUAAAGCUGCUACAGAAAAACCAAGUAAUCAACUACAUAAAGAAAAACAAAGCCGUCAACCAUAUACUUGUCAUAGUUGUGGUGAAACUGGUCACAAUGUCAAAAAAAAGGUCAUGUAUAAUGUAUAUACUAUUUGUUGGGUAAAAGAUAGAUUAUUAAAAGCUUUAGCGUGA